AUGGCACCUGCGACCAGCAUCGGAGCGGUGUCAACACUGAAGCGACAACUGGCGGAGGAGCAUCAGCGGCCAGCGUGGCGCAUUGACAUUCUGCAAGAUGGGCGUUGGUUGCCGUCCAAUGCCACGGUGGAUGCACAUGGCCCGUUGCAAAUGGCAUUUCGGCAAAGCGAAAAAAGGUCCAUCUCCAUUGAUGCGAAGCUAGUGAACGAGAUUUCCUGCGAUUCUUUGAGAGAAUCCUACAUCCAAAAUUUGCGAGAGGAUUUGGGCCUCUUUGGCAGGACAUUUUACCAGGAGAUUGGUCUGACAGUCACCGACUGGGGGUCCGGCAUGCCUAGAGCCAUCACCGCGCUGUUAGUGGAAUUCCUGACGUCCAGGAGGGAUGAUCCCAACAUUCCAUGCCUGGUACAUUUGGAUCUUCACGGUCAACUGGGAGAAGUGCUGGAGGCGAUGAUGCGAAAUCGGGAAUACUACGAGUUCCUGGGCCGGGCCGGUUAUGGCCGGUCCAUGGGAAGUUCACUGGAGACUCUGGAGCUCAGUUUGCAGGUGGAUGGCCAGGCGCUAGUCCUCCCGCUCUUCCCAAACCUCAUUGCCUUGCGCAUGUACAAGCCUGAAUUCCCAGCUCGAGGGAUGACAGACUACAGCAUUCGCCUGCUCAACUUGAACUGCAGGACUGCAGGUAGUGCUAAUUCAUAUCCACCCAAAGGUAUGGACAUAUGA